GACGCACAUUAGUUUAGGGACUGAUUUGUACAUAUACCAAAUGUUAAAAACCUAAAACAAAAAAAGAACACAAAGGAAAAAAACAAAAACAAAAAGGAGAGAUCCACGGGGGCUCCAUCACCGGCUUCUUCUCCUCCUUCACUUGCCGUUGAGCUCUUAAUUAAGACGAAGAAACCUCUCCUCUCCCACUUCCUCCCUCAGAUUGCGACGCCCUGCCACGUUUCCUUCCCUCUCCGUUUCCUCCAUUACCUUCUUCUUCUUCUUCUUCUGUCAAGUGUCAAUCGCGUUUUCGCUACGGCAGCUGCCGAGGUUUCAUCGUCUUUAUGCAUAUAAAAGCUCUCCUCUCUCUCUCUAGAGCGACUGUUAAACUGAGAAAAUUCCCGCUUACGUGACCUUUCUCGCUUCCUUCCCCAUUUAUUACUCCCAAAGUCUCCUUCCUUCUCUCCCUUUCGAUCCCCUCUAGCUUUCCGUUUCCUUUACUUCCACUCCAUCGUCGUGGAAGCCUUCACCGGCGGAAGGAUGGGGAAUCGGAGUGGUGGCGUGAAUCUCUUGUUCGACUCUGGACAUUGGAGAAUCCGUCGGACUGUUGAAUUUGUGGAGCCUAGCCUGUGUCGGCCAGCCGGGAUGGGGGAAUGCGGCUUCGAGAGAUUCGGCCUCUUGGCUUGUCCUGCAUUUGUAUAGGCCGGCUGAUUGGGGAUUUAGGGCUUUGAUUGUAUCAGAUUCAAAUCCCUAUCCGAGUUGAUGACGGGAAUUCUUAUGUUUCUAUGAAGUUCCAUAGAAGUUAGAAAGCGGAUCUUAGAUAGGCUGUUUUCUUCAUAUGAUUUCUGGUUUCCUUUCUCAGUAAGGAGUAUACCUGAUUGCAUUUCCAUUAGUGAUGGUUUGUCCCGUUCAGCUUAAGCAGAAGAUGGGUUGAGAGGGUUUACUUGCUUACUCCACAGUUUAUCUGGAUUUCCGUGACUAUGGCUAUUGCUGCUGGCCUGCAAAAUGUUUCGGUACUCGAUUCGUCUUUCCUUAGGGACUCGCAGUCGGGAUCAGUCCGCAACCAUGGCAAUGAUGGGAGGGGUAGCACCCGAGCGGUCCUGAGGAUGUGGAGGGAGCUUGAGGAUGAGCAUGGGGUGAGCCAUGGGCAAGGUAGGGUUGGUGAGAGAUUGCUGCAAUACAGGGGUGAGGUAUUGAGCAAUCUGUCCAGAGGGGAUGACGUUUCUGAUGGGAACCAUAGUGGUAGUGAUGAACAUGAGGAGAUGAGGACUGUGAGUGGAGGUGAGAGUGAGUAUGGACUUGAGGAGGAUCGAUCCGAUCUUGGGGAGACAGAGAGGGAGAGAGUGAGGCAAAUUUUUCGGGAGUGGAUGAGUAGUGGUGCCAGAGAACGUAGUACACCUCAUGGCUCAAGGAGAACUGGGUCAAGGGCGGAAUGGCUGGGUGAAACCGAGCAGGAGAGAGUUAGAACCAUACGGGAGUGGGUACAGAGGAAUAAUCAUGGUCCUGCUGCUGGACAGAUUGAACAAGUUCUUGAUGGUCUUAAUCUUCAUCGUAGUGAAGGCCCACCAGAGCAGCAACCCAGAAGAGGGAUCCGUCGACUCUGUGGGAGACAGGCUCUCCUUGACAUGAUUAAGAAGGCUGAACAAGAAAGGCAAAGAGAACUUCAAGGUUUGCUGGAGCAUAGGGCUGUUACUCAAUUUCCUCAUCGUAACAGGAUUCAGUCAUUACUCAGAGGCAGGUUCCUCCGGAAUGGCAGAAUGAUUGAAAACGAGAGACCUAGAUCGACAGCAGCACGUGAGUUAGGUUUGCUGCGGGAAAGACAUUCAGUUGCCGAUUUAAGGGAAGGGCUAUUUUCCAGACUGGACCGUUCAGCUUCUGGUCAACUAGCCACCAAUGCUUCUGAUACCUCGUCUAACAUCGAAAUAAAUGGCUACGGAGCUGAGCAUUCAGGAGCAAAUGAUUUACAGAGGGCUGCAAGUGAGUCUCCUCAUCAAACACAUUCAAGUUUUGGGGAAAGUAACAGCUGUAUAACGGCAGAUGAUAGAAGCACUACUGGGUCUAUCACGCAUCAAGAUGUGGUUGCCGAAGGAUCUGUUCAUAUUUUAGAGGACAUGUCUGAGCAACCUUCUCAGGAUGUGGACCCGAGUGAAGAUGAGCAAUCAUCUGGUGAUAAUACAGAAGAAAUGAACAGAGAUUUGCAGGAACCUACAUUUCUACCAACCAUGGAGAAUGGAGGACGAACUCCUGGUGCAGGUGAAGCAUUUUCUCAACAAUCUGAGUCAAAUGAGAUGGAUUAUUCUGAAAGCAGUGCAGUUGAUCAUCCGAAUAAUCAUGCACGAUCAGAAGAGCCUGAGAACCUAACUUUUGAAAGUGAAGCCCCCGCUGAUGAUUGGUUUGGAAACCGUGAUGAUACAGCUGAGGCCUCUGGAGAAUGGCAUGAAGAAGAUGGUGGUGAGUUUCAGGAGGAUGUGCAAAGUUGGUUAGAAGAAGAAGAGCCUUCUUCUUAUUCUCAGGAUACUGCUGCUGUUGGAAGGAUGGAUCAUCCAUUUUAUUAUACUGAUGAUGAUAAUGUCUACAGCGAGGAGAUCAGGGAACUUCUGAGCAGGAGAAGUGUGUCUACUCUACUUCGAAGUGGGUUCCGUGAGAGUCUCGACCAAUUGAUACGGUCUUAUGUGGAAAGGCAAAGUGGUAACUCUCAGCUUGACUGGGAACUGCAAGAAGAAACAUCUCCUAGCUUACUGGAACAGGAGUUGGCUCAUCAGCAUACGACUGUUGAUCAGAAUGUCAGUCGAGGAGGUCGUAUCCCGAAUCCUCCACCUUUACCACCGUCGCUACCUGUCCAAAGGCUGUGGGACCGGGAAUCACAGCAUUACCACUGGCCUCAACAUCAUGAAAUGCAUCCACGCUUUGGCAUUGAGUGGGAUAUUAUCAACGAUUUGAGGAUCGACAUGGCUAGGCUGCAACAGAGAAUGAACAACAUGCAGAGGAUGAUGGAAGCCUGUAUGGACAUGCAACUCGAGCUGCAGCGCUCUAUCAAACAGGAAGUCUCUGCUGCUCUCAAUCGUUCCCCUGAAUCUCCAGGGACAUGCGAGAACAGUUUUGCGGAGGAUCCAUUGAAAUGGGAGCACGUGAGGAAAGGGAUGUGCUGCGUAUGCAAGGAGAGCAGUAUUGAUUCCUUGCUCUACAGAUGCGGGCACAUGUGCACAUGCUCAAAGUGUGCCAACGCGUUGGUCCAGACCAACGAAAAGUGCCCGAUGUGCAGAGCGCCUGUAAUUGAGGUCAUCCGAGCUUACUCCAUCUCUUAACUCGAUAGAAAGGAUACUGUUGCUAACGCAGCAGGCUGACUUCCUUAAUCUAAAGUCUUGAUGUCUCAACUGUUAGAUGCAUAUGUUGUCAUUUUCUUUUGAGUAAUGUUUUUUACGUAUACACGAUCGUAUGAGAUUGUGUUGACGUAUAAUCCAACAACGUUAGCUCGUGUUGAUGCUCAACCAUCAUAAUGCUAACCGACUACAGCGAUGAUGAUCUGGAAAGUGCCAGAGAAUCAUCAACGUGUUUGCUGUUUUUCAACCACCGAUUCAAUUUAUUAGGUUGUUCCCCCAAGUAAGAAUGAUGCAGUGUGAAGUAUCACCUACCAUAUUUGAUAUUAUCGACAUAACUAUACAUUCAAUAUUUUAAUUAUAUAAAUAUAUUAUUGGAAAAUCAAGAAUUUACACAUAAUAUGGAUAUUUACACGUAUCAGAAACUGGAGGUUCUAGGUAAGGAAACCCUAUCCUGUCCCUUUCUAACCAAACUCGAAGAGCUACAAAUCCUCCGCAGCCCACCAGCUGAGCCCACAUCUACCGUCCACGUGUCCUCGCUCCCUACCAUCGAUCUUCCCUCCACCACCUCCACACUUCUCGAACCACUGCUUCCUCCUCCGCCGCCGUCUCCUCCUCCGCCGCCUUCCACCACCACUUUGACGAACUGGGUGCCUCUACACAAGGGGCAGUUCACGUGACUAUUCAGCCACGUGUCGACGCACUGCACGUGGAACACGUGCUGGCAGACCGGUAUCAUCUUCACCGUCUCCUCCUCCUCGAACUCCCCCAAGCAAAUCGCACAUUCCGCCAGAUCGUACUUCCCGUCCCCGCCGCCGCAGCCCUUCCGGUAACAGUACGCCGGCAGCGACUUCACCACCUCCGGGUCGAGCCCUUUCUUCUGGCUGCGGCGGCGGUAGUGAUUCCCACCCUCCGCCGACCCCGCGGCUGCCGCGGCGGCAGCAUCGCUGGCGAACCUGCGGAUGUAUAGGGAGAAGAAGCCCAUGAAGAAGAUGGCCGUCAGCAGCACCAGAAUCGUCAGGGCCAUGGAGGAGUCUAUGGUCGUCUGGUUCGGGUAGUGGAAUUUGUCCACCGGCGGUGCUGGUAUCGCUGCCGGCCGUGACCAAGACCGAGCCGGCGACGGAGUCGGCCGUCUCGGCGGGUGAACUGGAUCUUCCGAUUGUUGGAGUUCAUUGUUCUAACUUCUAAGGUCUACUGACUGAGCUGAAUUUAUAUAUGAAAUGGGAAGUUGCAGUUUGAAGCGAAGAGAGGGGGAAGGGAAUUAUGGUGUGUGGAUAUGGAAGAUAAGGUUUUUUAAAUGGGCAUGGGAUGGGAGAGGAGGUAAAAGAGCGUUUUGGAGGGUACUAGGAGAAGUGGGAAGCUUCCAAAUAUGGGGUUAGAGGAACUGGGGCCCCGAGGGAUUUAGAAGAUGGUGAUAAG